AUGGCCAAGACCUUGUGUGAUGAGAUCACCCCACAUCAUUUCCAGGCCCAGGAUGAUGUUCCAGCGGAGGCGCGGCCCGGCCGGCCCCGGGCGCUGGGGCCUGGCCCCAGGCACGGAAAGGAGCGAGAGAAUGGGAGCUUCACCUGUGCGGACAGUGCCAUGGUGGGAGAUGAGAGGGGAGCCCCGGAACACGCAGAAGAGAAGGACAACUCUAAACCCGGGCAGAUGGAGCUCGUUCAGCCCUCUCCACUCACCGUCACUGCACCCCCCGGCCCCAUCACCGUGGCCAAGGGCGAGGACGUGGUGCUGCCCUGCAGCUUCUCCCCGGGGCAGAAUGCACAGGACACGGAGGUUACCUGGUUUCGGGAGCAGUUCUUGCCCUUUGUGCAUCGCUACAAGUGGGGCCAGGACCAGUACAGGGAGCAGAUGGUUCAGUACCAAGGGCGCACUGAGCUGGGGAAGGACGGCCUUGCCAAGGGCAGCGCGGACUUGAGGAUCUUCCGUGUCCAACUCUCUGACAGAGGGAGUUACACCUGCUUUGUUCAACGUGGCUCAGAUUACGACGAGGCUGUGGUGGAGCUCCAGGUGACAGAUCACUUCUUCCAAGAUGACCAUCCUUGGAUUAUUGCCCUGGGCGUGGUCCUGGCUGCUGUGGUCACUCUCCUUAUUAUCACUGUUUAUCUACUUAAAAUUAAAGGAAAGCAGCAGAAAGAAAUAGAGGAACAAGCCCAGGAACUCGCAUGGAGAAGACAGGCAGUGCCUAUAGAAGAAGCGAACGUGGUUCUGGAUCCAGACACAGCCCACUGUGAGCUUGUCCUGUCUGACAAUGGCAAAAGUGUGACACGAGGGGACACACGACAGGACAUCCCCGACACCCCCGAGAGAUUUAACCCGUGGCGCUGCGUUCUGGGCCGUGAGGGCUUCACCUCGGGGAGACACUACUGGGAGGUGGAGGUGGUGGAGGAUGCAGGAGGAUGGACUGUGGGAAUAUUUAGAGACGGUGCGGAAAGGCAGGGUGAUAUUGAGUUUAAACCAGAGAAAGGCAUCUGGGCAGUGGGGAAACGGCCAGCACUAUUCUUGAAGGCUUACACCUCCUCUAGUCCCACUGAAUUUCCUGUAAUAGAGGCUCCCAGGCGGAUCCGGGUCUCUCUGGAUUAUGAAGAGGGACGGGUGUCAUUUUUCAGUGUUGAUGAGGGGAUUCCCAUCUUUGUAUUUCCCCAGGCAUCAUUUGGGGGGAAAAAAGUCUACCCUUGGUUCUGGGUGGGUGCUGGGACACGUCUGAAAAUAUGUCCCUGAUGAAGAGGAGGCAGUAAGAGAAGGGUCUCCAAGGGUGGAGAUCUCGUUACCUCUCUGCACCUCUGUUCCAUGCUGCGUCUCUCCAAGAUCUUUCUCUGAGGCCAGACAUGCUGUUCUGGUCCCAGUGCAGACCAGUGGGAGAGGCCAUGGCCAAGACCUUGUGUUAUGAGAUCACCCCACAUCAUUUCCAGGUGUGGGGAAAAGGGAUUUUCUCUCCUGCUUCUGAGGGUGUUCCUUACACGUGGAGAGUGGAACCAUUG